ACAGAGUCUUGCUAUGUUGGGCAGUUUGGUCUCGAACUCCUGGCUUCAGGCAAUUUUCCUGCUUUGGCCUCCCAAAGCACCGGAAUUACAGGCUGCAGCCACUGUGCUCGGCUGUAAAUAGCUACUUUUGACAGUAUAAAGGUCUCUGGUCAGGUGUGAUUACAUUCUUGGGAGGAGAAGAAAGAAACAAUUAUUCCUUUUGGUAGUCUGGAUCUUAGGCCGAUAAAGGCCUGUGCUUUGGGAGAGAUGGUGGGCACCGGAAAGGAACAUUGAGGCUUCUUCAGUUCAGCUUGUCAGUGCGCCAUAUUUUGGGGUUUCGGUUUCUGAGCCCCAACAGCAUUGCAGAAAGUUCAGGAAAUAGAAGAGGAAAAGCUAAUGAUUUGCCCAUGGGUUAUCAUCUCUGCAUUUCCAUUUCUUCCUCCCUUCUAUUUCCAAAUGUAAAUGUAAUUAUAGUUUGCGCACAAUUUUGUAUCCUGCUUUAUCGUUAACAAGUCAGGGUUUUUAAAGUUUGUAAAUGGUUUACUAAUGGCCACAUAACACCCAUUAAUUUGGCUAACUUCCCUACUGCUUGUAUUUACAUUGUUUCCACGUUUUGUAAUUACUAAUAAUGAGGCAACAAACAGCCUUGAGAGGUUUGCUUUUUCCCAGUUUUUGUUGUUGUUGUUUGUUUUUGAGACACCUCGCUCUGUCGCCCAGGCUGGAAUGCAGUGGUGCGAUUCCUGCUCACUGCAACCUGCGCCUCCAGGUUCAAGUGAUUCAUUUGCCUCAGCCUCCCGAGUAGCUGGGAUUACAGGUGCGCGCCACCACACCCGGCUAAUUUUUGUAUUUUUAGUAGAGACGGGGUUUUGCCAUGUUGGCCAGGCUGUUCUCUAACUCCUGACCUCAGUGAUCCGCCAGCCUCGGCCUCCGAAAGUUCUGGGAUUACAGGCGUGAGCCACCACGCCCAGCCAGAAGUUUGUUUUUGAAACUUGAAACUCCCGCCACUCAAGCCUGUCGCUGUGGCCACGCUCACUAGGGAGUAGUCACGUGUUUAAUCUCUGCCGCGACGAUUUCUGGGAGCCUGGUCACCCCGGAAGCGGAAGUCCAGGAGUCAAACUCGUCAUUUCCUUCAGCUAGAGGAGCUCAACGGAUCUGUUUUCUUUCGCUCAGCCAAAAUCACAGAAUGAAGGCGGUGAAGAGCGAACGGGAGCGAGGGAGCCGGCGAAGACACCGGGACGGGGACGUGGUGCUGCCGGCGGGGGUGGUGGUGAAGCAGGAGCGUCUCAGCCCAGAAAUCGCACCUCCCGCCCACCGCCGUCCGGACCACUCUGGCGGUAGCCCGUCUCCGCCGACCAGCGAGCCGGCCCGCCCGGGCCACCGCGGGAACCGAGCCCGAGGAGUUAGCCGGUCCCCACCCAAAAAGAAAAACAAGUCCUCAGGGAGAAGAAGCAAGUCUCCUCGCAGUAAGAGAAACCGAAGUCCUCACCACUCAACAGUCAAAGUGAAGCAGGAGCGUGAGGAUCAUCCCCGGAGAGGACGGGAGGAUCGGCAGCACAGGGAACCAUUGGAACAGGAACACAGGAGAGCUAGGAACAGUGACCGGGACAGACACCGGGGCCAUUCCCACCAAAGGAGAACGUCUAACGAGAGGCCUGGGAGUGGGCAGGGUCAGGGACGGGAUCGAGACACUCAGAACCUGCAGGCUCAGGAAGAAGAGCGGGAGUUUUAUAAUGCCAGGCGACGGGAGCAUCGCCAGAGGAAUGACGUUGGUGGUGGUGGCAGUGAGUCUCAGGAGUUGGUUCCUCGGCCUGGUGGCAACAACAAAGAAAAAGAGGUGCCCACUAAAGAAAAACCAAGCUUUGAACUUUCUGGGGCACUUCUUGAGGACACCAACACUUUCCGGGGUGUAGUCAUUAAAUAUAGUGAGCCCCCAGAAGCACGUAUCCCCAAAAAACGGUGGCGUCUCUAUCCAUUUAAAAAUGAUGAGGUGCUUCCAGUCAUGUACAUACAUCGACAGAGUGCGUACCUACUGGGUCGACACCGCCGCAUUGCAGACAUUCCAAUCGAUCACCCAUCUUGUUCAAAGCAGCAUGCAGUAUUUCAAUAUCGGCUUGUGGAAUAUACCCGUGCUGAUGGCACGGUUGGCCGAAGAGUGAAGCCCUACAUCAUUGACCUUGGCUCAGGCAAUGGAACUUUCUUAAACAACAAACGUAUUGAGCCACAGAGAUACUAUGAACUAAAAGAAAAGGAUGUACUCAAAUUUGGAUUCAGUAGCAGAGAAUACGUCUUGCUCCAUGAGUCGUCGGACACUUCUGAAAUAGACAGGAAAGACGACGAGGAUGAGGAGGAGGAGGAAGAAGUGUCUGACAGCUAGCAAACUAAGAACCCAAGCUAUUGAGACACGUUUUCCUUCUUGGAAGGCUUUGAUUGACUCAGAGAGCACUAUGGUGGUGGGUCCGGCACUAUGGUGCUCUCUGUAAUGCCUCUUAUUGCCUUAAGUCUUUCCUCUGUUGCUGACCAGAUUGUGUUACCAUUUGAAUACACUGACUAAUGUUUGUUAAACUUUUUCUGUGGCACCUUGGUCACAUGCCUGCAGGCAUUUGUUUUCAGAACAGUCUCACCAAUUACAUCACACCGUGUUUUAGUAGAAGUGUUGUGGUUUUAGUUGGUGCUUUCAGAACUGCUGCCUAGGAAACUAUAAACCCUUGGUUAAGGGGAAAUCAUGGCUUGUUCUCUUUGUAUAGUUCCUUUAUUUAUAUAGGUGUUAAGCUUUGUGGACCAGGUGUUUUUCUUUUGGGGCAAACCCCUGAGCAGAGAAUCUUACUAGGCUUUGGUUAUCACCAAAACAACCUCCAGUAUAUACCAAAGCUUUGACCUGGUUGAGCUCUUGAGCUUAGAAGUUGAUUUUGCACUUAUUUUUUGGGGGGCUGCAGUCAGUAAACAUUGACUGUUUAACUUAAACAGAUGCUUUAUGGCACCUGCUCAAGCCCGUGACUGUACAGAAGGAUCCUGGUUGCUACCAGUGGGUGCUGAUUCAGCAUCACAAGUGACUGAAAUUGGCCGUGGAUCUGUUCUUUGCAAAAGAAUUCCCGAUUUCUCCAUGGAGCAUGUACACAACAAUUUUGAUCAUAUUAACUGCACUUCAGUUUUGCAUUUUAAUUCAAAUGUUAUCUCUUUUUUUCUUUGAGAAAUAAACUGUCACUGAUGUGACAGCAUUCUUACUUUAUUCUAAUAACAUGUAUAUGUCUAAAGCAGGUUGUGUUGUUUACAUGUUUCUACACAUUUCAUCCUUUAAAAAAUUGUUGAGAGAGGUUGUAUUUACCUUCCCAAGGUUGGAAAGCAGGGGAAUUUCCCAGUGUCCUAGUUUUCCACCAGAGGAAUAUGUGUAAGUAGCAAAGUAUUUGCUGCUUACAUAUAGUGUAUAUGUAUGUAUAUAUGUAAAUUGUGUGUUAAAGAGCUGAUACUGAUUUUCAUAUGACAAUGUUAGGCAAAGGCCUCCCUGCAUUUGAAGAGCAGGUUUUCAUUUAUAUGUAUUUUUGGGAUAAAAAAAUAAAAUUUGUAAAUA